UCUGCAGGAAUCUUAUGAGUGGACCCCAUUUCAUACGAUUAGAGUGGGGGAGCGUUUUCUUUCAGCUAGGUGCUUAGUUUUCCCCUGUCAAAGACACGACCACGUACACACAAAGUGCUGAGACUAAAGCUAUUUUAGGACCCAAUGACUGGAACAGACUGAUAACACGUCCAUCUCAUCAAAGAUGUCAAAAAGACCGUCUUAUGCCCCUCCUCCUCCCCCUGCCCCUACAACUCAAUUGCCCAACACACCUGGGUUUGUGGGGUACAACCCAUACAGCCAUCUGGCCUACAACAACUACAGACUGGGAGGGAGCCAAAGCAACAACAGUCGGGUAACGCAGAAUUCUUCUGGAAUAAAUAUCCCCAAGCCACCCAAACCACCAGAUAAGCCACUGAUGCCUUAUAUGAGAUAUAGUCGAAAGGUUUGGGAUCAAGUAAAAGCCUCCAAUCCUGAUCUGAAGCUAUGGGAAAUUGGGAAGAUAAUCGGUGGCAUGUGGAGGGACCUCACUGAUGAGGAGAAACAGGAUUAUUUGAAUGACUACGAAGCAGAGAAGAUUGAGUAUAAUGAAAGCUUGAAGGCCUAUCACAACUCGCCAGCCUACCUGGCCUACGUCAACGCAAAAAGCCGAGCCGAGGCAGCUCUGGAAGAGGAAAGUCGCCAAAGGCAGUCACGACUUGACAAGGGAGAACCAUACAUGAGCAUUCAACCAGCCGAGGAUCCAGAUGACUAUGACGAUGGGUUCUCCAUAAAGCACUCAGCUGCUGCACGUUUCCAACGUAACCAUCGUCUGAUCAGUGAGAUCCUCAGUGAAAGUGUAGUCCCUGAUGUGAGGUCGGUCGUUACAACUGCUCGUAUGCAGGUCCUGAAACGUCAGGUCCAGUCCUUGAUGGUACACCAGAGAAAGCUGGAGGCCGAGCUGCUCCAGAUCGAAGACCGCCACCAGGACAAAAAAAGAAAAUUCAUUGAAGCCACAGAGUCGUUCACAAACGAGCUCAAAAGGUUAUGCUGCAUGAAGGUGGAAGUUGACAUGGAGAAGAUUUCUGCAGAGAUCACUGCGGCUGAAGAGGCAGCUCGCAAACGCAUGGCUGAACGAGAAAAAGAGGCAGGGGAGCGUGGGGCCAAAGACGCGCCCACCUGUGUCUUAGCUGAAGAAGAAAAGCACAUCUGUGCCACACACGGCAACAAAUCCCAGCAGAAUUCUGUCAGCGAGAGUAGCAACGGCAAGGAGUGUGAGGAAGAGUCCCACACAGCAGAUUCAGCAGUGAAGUUGAAGUCCUCAGAGGAGCUUGAUGCUCAUCCAGGCAGUGAAGAGGGGACAUCAGAGGACAAGGAGAGCGUCCCAGAGGGUGCCAUAGAAGAAGGAACCAGCGACAGUAACACAGGCUCAGAGACGACGUCUGCUCAGACAGAGGACGCCCCAGCCAGUGAAGCCUCAGAAGGGCCCAGCAGGGCCCGAGCAGCCCACUGAAACCAGCAGCUGCCCUGGCCCUGAACUGUGAGGUUGCCACGUGUCAGCGUCCUCUCGUCAUUCUUAUUGCACAGUGUCAUCUCAGUUUUAUCAGUGUUGAAUGGGUUCGUUGUUUAACAAAGCUGAAGAAGGGAGUUAGUGAAACACCUGGGCUCAAAGUGAGGUGCUGCACAAAGAAAUGAAACAAAGAGAAGGAAUGAAUCUGUGAAAGAGGCUGCUGAGCGCAUCCAUGUACGUGUACAUCCAUGUAUGUGUACACCUAUGUACGUGUACAUCCAUGAAUGAGCACUAUCUGUGGACGUGCUCCAUCCACAUCCCCUCGUUUAUGUUGCAAAAACACAGUUUUACUGCAGCAGGCACAACUGUCAUUCACACUGCUCCCACAGGGGGAGACAUUUAGAAGCACCUCUGACUGACUUGACGACAUGUUAAUUCGGUCUUUCAGGCUUUCUAGUAUAGUGCCAUUUUUCACAGACCAGAUAUCAAUACCAGUACCAUGAGUAUUUUAAUUUAUUGACUCGCUGAUACAGUGAACAAUGCUUCUGUGGUUGGAUUACAGUAAACAUGCAAUGAACUGUAGGGCAGUGUUAUUUAGGUGGAACUGCUCUGUGAGUAAUGGGUGUGAAGUGCAGUGUGUGUGUUGCAGUUGUACCUUUGCUACCCAAACCACUUUUUUCUUCUCAUUAACAGAAGAAUAUUUUCAAUCUAAAAACAAAUAUGACACAGUACAAAAACUUUUCAAACUGACACUUUUAUCACAUUAGGACAUAUAUAUCAAUAAGACUAAGAUAAAAUAAUAUUAGAAAUAUUAUUAGAAAAAUAAAAUUACAUUCUCUUCAUACAACAGAAUGAGUAGAGAUUUUACAUUAAUAGACCAUUUCCAUCGACAACGCUGUCUCUACAGUGAACAAAGUAAACAACUUGGUGGGGUGUAACCUCCUCAUCUGUCCACUGGGGGGAUAAAAGAGACAUCAGUGUAUUCACAGCUAAGGCUUCAGUUGUUUUAUCAAAUAGUUCCUGUCGAUAACAGAACUGAUUUGACAGUCAGUCUGUCGCUUGUCUUUGUCCCUGAUGUCUAAAAUUCAUUAUUGACCUACAGUGUCUUAUUGUCCUCCUACCAUGAGGACAAUAAGAUACAGGUAUGGCUAUUGGUGCAUCCCUAGAGAUUCAUUUUGACUCAAUUUUCAUCUAUUUUUCCUAGAUUUAAGUUUUAGACAUAUCCUUGGUUUAUCAUCAUUACUAAAUCCAUGUAUUUACAGUUUUUAAAUUAAAAAAAAACUUAAUGUGUGGAUGUGGGUGGAGCCAUAAGCCACGUGUCUCAUAGCCCAAGAAACCAGAGUCUGUUCAGCACAUAUGUAUAAAUAUAUACAGUAUAUAUGUCAAAACAUAUAGCUACAGCACUAUUGUCUGGCUCAUCCCAGAUGUAAAAAACUAAAGCUGGUGGUGUUAGAAAAUCAUGUGACAUCAGAGAUUGUUCAGUGUUAAAUUUGACUCAGUCUCCUGUGUUGUAGUGUCAUUGUUGCUUUUAUUGUUAUGUUUGCAUGUGACAUAUGUCUGCAUUUUCACAGUUGGUGGACUGUGAAGAGUAGAGCCCAGCCACAGAAUUUUAUGUUUGUUUUUAUGCUCAGUAUUGCAGUGACAGUAUUGUCUCAGGAGUUUGUAUCCAUCUGUAGUAGUAGCACUUAUUUUUGUUAUUUAUUAUCAGUAUUAUUUUUACUAUGAUACUUGUGUAUUGAUUACCCAGAGCCAGGCUCAGUCAUAAUAAUGUGACAUCAUCAUCAGUGCCGUGCAAUGAUCAAUUUACCGGUGUUCUCAAGUUUGCUAGCUGUCAAUCAAAUCAAAAGCAGUAUACUUAGAACAUCUACUUAUUUUGUGUUAUUUUCAAUAUUACAGUUGUCAGCAGAAAAAAAAUAAUCCUGAUUGUGUCAACAGUGUUAACGAGGUUUGCCUAAACAUGGAUUUUCAUGUUGUCGUUUAAAGAAAAAAAGAAGUCAUGAGACGUGCCGUCUUAUAAGAAUUUGUUUUUUCAUAUUUAUACAAAUAAACUUUUUUACACUCAAGUUUGCUCUCUUGGCAUUCUGAUGCAACAUCAAGGACACUCAGUGGCCUCACCACUUCUGAGUAGAUUAGCUAAAGUACC